UUUUACAGCUUCCCUUUUAUUAUAUAUUACUAUAUAAAACAUUAAAUGAUCUUAGUUUGAUUUGUUUCAUCUGGGAAGAGCAGCAAAUGGAGAUAUUUGACCUGGAUUCAGGUCUCAUUUCAGUGAUCCUGUUUAGUGACCUAAAUAAAUUUGUUGUUCCACUCGGCCGUUAUUAACUUUACAUGCCAUUUCACAUAUAUAUUUUGCUGUACAGGAGAUAACUUUAAAAUAAUUUAAAAACCAAAUUACUCAAAUGUCAACGUUUUUUGUUGCAUCUCUCCUGCUGUUGUUAACUUCACAUUUAAAUAUUACAAGCUGAUUACAUGAAUACAUUUUCAAACUUAAAGUUAACAAAUCUCUUGUUUUCUUCAGGUGUGUCUGGUUCUGAGACAAAUGAAACACAGUCAGUGUCAGUGAUGGAGGGAGAUUCAGUCACUCUACACACUGAUUUUACUGAAAUACAUGAAGAAGAUGACAUAAUGUGGAAUUUUGGAGCAGAAAAGUCUCUGAUAGCUAAAAUAAACAGAGCCUCUGGAAUCUUCUCCACAUUUCCUGAUGUUCUUGACGGGAGAUUCAGAGACAGACUGAAGCUGGACAGACAGACUGGAUCUCUAACCAUCACAAACAUCACAACUCAACACACUGGAGAAUAUAAACUAGAGAUCAUUGCAGCUAAACUCUCAUCAAAAACUUUCAGUGUUUCUGUCUUUGCACGCCUGCCAACUCCAGACAUUACAAGAGAUUUUUCUCAAAAUGUUUCAUCUUCAUCACAUCAGAAUUGUUCAUUGUUGUGUUCAGUGGUGAAUGUGGGUCAUGUGACUCUCUCCUGGUACAAAGGAAACAGUUUAUUGUCCAGCAUCAGUGUGUCUGAUCUCAGCAUCAGUCUCUCUCUACCUCUGGAGGUGGAAUAUCAGGAGAAAAACAGCUACAGCUGUGUGAUCAACAAUCCCAUCAGGAACCAGACCACACAUCUGGACAUCACUCAACUCUGUCAGCCAUGUACAGGUAUGUCACCGGUGAUACUUUUGGUGAUGUAUAUAGUGGUGAUGUUUCAUAGUGUUUGUUGUAGCGUAAACAGACUGAUUCACACACACGGG